GAGGAGGAGGAGGAGGAAGCGGAGGCGGCCGCGGAUAGCGGGCAAAUGGGGAGCUGAGCGGCUGCAGCAGUACCGCGCAGCAGCGGCAGCAGCAGCAGCAGCAGCAGCGAGAGCAGCGAGAGCAGCGAGAGCAGCCGGCGACGGCCGUCGCUCCCCAGACGCCGAGCGCCAACUGCAGCCGGGCUGCCCCGGGCCGAUCCGCCCCGCGAGCGGGCGCCCUCCGCCUCCCGGAGAGGCACCAUGCAGACCUUCCUCAAGGGGAAGCGGGUGGGCUACUGGCUGAGCGAGAAGAAGAUCAGGAAGCUCAAUUUCCAGGCCUUCGCCGAGCUGUGCCGGAAAAGAGGAGUAGAAGUAGUACAGCUUGAUCUCACCAAACCUAUUGAAGACCAGGGCCCUUUGGAUGUGAUCAUACAUAAGCUGACAGAUGUCAUCCUCGAAGCAGACCAGAAUGACAGCCAGUCACUGGAGUUGGUACAGAGGUUCCAGGAGUAUAUUGAUGCUCAUCCAGAAACCAUUGUCCUGGACCCUCUUCCAGCUAUUCGUACGCUUCUGGACCGAUCCAAGUCUUACGAGCUCAUUCGACAAAUAGAGGCAUACAUGCAAGAUGAGAGGAUCUGUUCACCACCCUUUAUGGAGCUGACAAGUGCCUGUGGAGAAGAUACCUUGCAGCUUAUAGAGAAGAAUGGACUGGCAUUCCCAUUCAUUUGUAAAACCAGAGUGGCCCAUGGAACCAACUCUCAUGAGAUGGCGAUCAUCUUCAACCAGGAGGGUCUGAAAGCUGUCCGCCCGCCUUGUGUCAUUCAGAGCUUCAUCAACCACAAUGCUGUGCUGUAUAAAGUGUUUGUAGUUGGGGAAUCCUACACAGUGGUGAAAAGACCAUCUUUAAAGAACUUCUCUGCUGGAAUCUCAGACAGAGAAUCAAUAUUCUUCAACAGCCACAAUGUCUCAAAGCCAGAAUCAUCAUCUGUCUUAACAGCGCUGGAUAAAAUCGAAGGAGUGUUUGAGCGGCCAGAUGAUGACGUCAUCCGGGAAAUCUCUAAGGCACUGCGGCAAGCUCUGGGAGUUUCCCUCUUCGGAAUCGAUGUCAUCAUUAACAAUCAGACCGGGCAGCAUGCAGUCAUCGAUAUAAAUGCAUUCCCAGGUUAUGAGGGCGUUUCCGAGUUUUUCACAGAUCUCCUGAACCACAUAGCUGCUGUCCUGCAGGGUCAGGCACCUGAGGUGACCCAGCUAAACCGUAGCAAGCUCCUGGCUGAGCAGACCGGCGGGAUGAUGGACGAGCGGAUAUGCUGUGCGAGCACGGGCUGUCUCAGCGUCAUGGGAAAAGACUCCUCCUGGAUUGUGGAGAGCGAGACCAACAGCUCAGUAAAACUGCAACACCAGAGACUAGGCUGCAACUCUGCAGUGUCCCCCAGCUUCCAGCAGCACUGCGUCGCCACGUUGGCCACGAAAGCUUCCUCCCAGUAACUUGCUGAUGCCAUGGACUGAGGAAAAAGCCGCAGGGAUACAAAUUGUGGUCCCAGAACCAGAUCAGGCUGUAAAAGUAGAAUUGGGGGGGAAAAAAAAAGGAAAAAAAAAAAAAAAAAAAAGAAAACACAAUACAAAAAAAAAAGCAAAAUAACAAUUAAAAGAAACCCACCUUCCAUUUGAUUUAACCUGAUUUGCUGAUGAAAUGGUCUGAAAAGGAGAGGGUGAGAAAGUGAUUCAGAUCCACUUCAUCAGAUUCCAGUUGUAAAUCUAUAGUGAGUUUACACACACGCAUGGGAUUUAACACUAGACCUUUCAUUGUGGGAGGGUUGCUCUUUUGUUUCUAUUGUUCUUUGUAAUCACUGGUGACCAGCAUUUUAAAAUCGGACCUCAUGGUAUCAAGGAGAUAAUAAUGUUGAAAUGGAAUGUAUGAAUGUAACAGUGCUAGAGAUUUUUGCCUAAAAUACUCCCAUUCCUUUUUCCAGCUAGGCCUUUGCAAAAGAAAGCUAAGACAACUUCAGUAUCACUAAACCAAAUCUCUUGCAGCAUUGUCAGGGUAUUGACAGAGAGCUUGCUGUGAGCCACAGCACUUAGAUGGGACCGAGCAUGCCGGCUGUUAAGGGCUCAGUACCGAGCAGCCGCCCUUCACAGCUUUACCCCAGGCCUCCUUGCUUUAGUCACCAGCAGCUUCUGGCUACACUUGCCAAGAGUGAAAUGUGUCUGAUCCAGGCAGACUAGAGGCUGAAAAAGAGGUGCAGGUAGUUAAGUUGUGUGAUUUAGUUGAUGAAAUGACAUUCUUUCCAUCAUCUGCUAGAAGAGCAGCUCAUCUCUGAGCAGAGAAUUUAAUUCUCCCUACAUUACACUUGUGAGGAUUCCGAGACAGCUCUGCCAAAAGGCUGCCAACCAGAGCCACACAUUCUCCUUACAGCAGUGCACCUGAUCUGGGUGUAACACAAUUGCUGCCUUCCACAGAUCCACGGUGCUGCAGUUUUUUCUUUUGCAAAUGAAAUGUGUGCCGAGUGAGUACCUUUGUGUGAGACAGCAGUUCUAAGUAGCGUAUCGUGCUCCAGGCUGCCAAGUGAGUCUGUCAGAUGGGCUGUGUGGUAAUUUACAGUGGUGCUUCACACUAUUUGUAAGCGAUAGUGCAGCCACCUUCUGUCUCUUGAGAUGUGCAGUAAACCUACAGUGUUCACCUGCUAUUGCAUCUUCUAGCAUGGCAGCAUCUUCUGCUGUUGAGCAUUCCUGCAGCUUUUGCCAAUUCUGAACACUAAACUGGAAGUAACCAACUCUAUCAGUGCUGAGAACAUAGACACUAUUUUGGUAGACUGAGUGGCCUUCUCUUUCCCAUAUAAGCCCUAAAAUAUAUUUAAGAGGCGUGGUGGAAAGAAAAUGUCCUUAAUUCAGCUCAUAGCUUACAGGUAUGGUAGUCUCCAGCUUUCUAUAGCGGAUAUUUGUAAAGCACCCAUCACUGCAGCAUUUAAUGCCCAUUUGUUAGUAUCCUGUAUUAGAUUGAAAGGAAAUGCAUUACCACUCAAAAGGAAAUGAUCAAGAGCUUAAAGCUUGGGCAGACCAUGGAGAGAGCAGUAGAAAGCGUCACCAUCCUAACCUGAUGGUACCGGUCCUGGAGGAGAUGGCAUUAUGAAGAACAUUGUGUAGCAGUUAUUUUACGCACGCUCAUUUUCCUCUGGGAGAGAUUGGGUUUGUUCCCCAAGUGCCAUUGUAGGAAAAUUUCUGUAGCUGGGUUUGCGUUUCUGAGGACAGCCUACACAAGAGGGAAGGACCUUGUGAGUGUGAUACCUGUAGAAUUGCAGGGUGCACAUAAUUACAGCCAGCUUCCUAUUCUGUUGCAGACUGGCCCUGAGCUGGGCUCUCUUUGCAUUCCCUGUAUGCUUUGAGGCUGCUGAACCCCACAUUGAGUGCAGCUUGCAGGUCUGGGUUGUAGUGGUGUGAGUGAGUCAGAUGUACAUAGAUGUGGGUUUAUACGAGUAUUCACGAUAGACCAAACCUUUCAUAAAGCCGUGACUGAAAUAAAAUUGACAUCUACAGUUUGGGGUUUGUUUUUGUUUGUUGAAAAUAAAAAGUGUUUUUAUGUUACGUGUGUAACAAAAGAUACCCUCAGGAAGAAAUUUGCCAGUGCUUAUUUUUGUAUGGUACUUUCUUGUAACCAGCUGGUGGAGUGUUUGUAGACUUGCCUUUUGCUCCCUUUAUUAUGGCUUGGGGUUGUUUUGUUUUGAUUUGUUUUGUUUUUAAUUUGGUGGUGGGGAAAAAGCGAUGAUGUUAAAGCUGGGUUAGUAACUCAAGACCUUUCAAACUAAGUAUGUUUACAUGAAUCUGAGUGUCGGAUCCAAUUGAAGUGUCUGUAUGCUGUUUCCUAGUUAGAACAUCAAAUGAGAAUUUUAUUUUCCUGGCUGCCUUCUGAAUUUUGGUUGGCCUAUUUUGCACUGCUUUAUUUCUCCAAAAUAAACUACUGAAAUAUAA